AUGGAGACGCUGCCGGAGGACGUGGUCGCCGAGAUCCUGGUGCGCGUGGCGGGCGUCGCCGCCCUCUUCCGCUGUGCCGCGACGUGCAAGCGGUGGCGCCGCCUCAUCGCCGACGCCUCUUUCCUCUUCCGCCGCUGGCCGGAGGGCGCGCUCCACCCGUCCUUCCUCCUCGGCGCUUCCUCGUCACACCACUGCCCCGGAAGCUUCAGUCUGGCAUUGUGCGAUCCGCUCGCGGGCGUAGGUCGCGUGCUCCCCCCGCUGAAGUACAAUGGAAAAUUCACGAUGGUAGGGUAUACCAUCCUAACCGAUCUUGAUUGCUGCUCCGGCAAACGGCGAUGGCCAAUCUACUCGGUCUCGUUCAAAGUGCUAAUCAUCAGUGUCGACGAAGGUCAGCCCGGGUACAAUCUCCAUGUGUUCUUGCCCGCUGAGUGGAGCUGGAGCACGCCUAGACAGUUCUUUGGCACUCUGGAGCACGGCGUGCAUGUGGCGCCCCAGCAGGCCAACGCCGUCGUGUGCCAAGGCGCGGCACACUGGCUUUUCAGGCGGACGUCAAGCUUUUACACGCUCAGUGUGUGCGCUAAGACUGCCCACAUGUCCUUAACAAGGCUCCCAAUCACGCCGAACCAAACCGACCUCAACUUGUAUAGUGAACCAAUGCUUAGUGUCACCAAUGACGGGAUGCUAUCGUUACUUCGUUUGUAUAGGAAAUUCACCAUGCUGGAGAUCUGGACAUGUCAAGGUGACUAUAAAAGUGAGGAUGACAACGUGGACCGCUGGUACCGCACAAAGAUGAUCAAGCUAAAACGACCCACGCAGAUUAAGAUCGACCUUGUGCGAUGCCUGUGUAUCGGAGAGAUGAGUGGCAAACUGCUGGUCAAUGACAAUCAAGGUUGUGUGUACAUUGCAGACCUCCAAACUGGUGCAAUGGAGACGGUCACCGAGUGGUUUCGCGGCAGUGUCCGGAGUGCUAUACCCUUUGAGAUGGAUUGGCCUGCCUACUUCAUGUCUAAGUUGGCUGGUGGCAGGAUCAAGCGGACUAAACUGGGAGGAGCUAUACAGAAAAUUGCGAAAUCUUUCUGGGGACUAGUAGUUGUGUCAGUAAUCUUUGGACCAAUUGCUAUGAGGUGGGCUUGGGCCUAG